AUCACACAUCUCACUCCAACACAUUGAAUUUUUUUUUAGUAAGAAGUAUAUAUACAUAAGAUGUAUAUGCAUGUAUAUUCUCCCUCAACAUAUAAUAGCUAGGCCCAGCCACACUAGGGAAAGGAUCUAUAAAUACCCACCCACCCAGCCACACAUUGGAAGCCAAUUAGUCUUCUUCAUCAUCAGCUAGUAGAGAAAAGAAGAAAAUAAGAAAAAAAAAUGGUGGGAUUGAUAAUACUAAUAAUAGUAAUUGGAAUUUGGGCGUUGAUGGGGAGGGUGAAUGGGUGGUACUAUGAGAGGGUGAAGCUGGGGAAGAAGAAGAGCUCAUCUCUGCCACCUGGGGACUUGGGGUGGCCUUUCAUUGGCAACAUGUGCUCUUUCCUCUCUGCCUUCAAAUCCCCCCAUCCUGAUUCCUUCAUCUCCUCCUUUCUUUCCAGGUAUGGACGCACAGGUAUAUACAAGGCGCACAUGUUCGGGAGCCCAAGCAUCAUCGUGACCACGCCGGAAGGCUGCCGGAAAGUAUUAUCCGACGACGAAGCCUUCAAGCCAGGGUGGCCGGCCGCCACCACCGAGCUCAUAGGCAGGAAGUCCUUCGUCGGCCUUCCGUUCGAAGAGCACAAGCGGCUGCGGAAGCUGACAAUGGCCCCCGUGAACGGGCACGAUGCGCUGUCGUUUUACAUUGGGUACAUUGAAGAGAGUGUGAAGUUUUCCCUAGAGAAAUGGGCUUCCAUGGGGAAAAUCGAGUUCUUGACGCAGGUCCGGAAGCUCACAUUCAGGAUCAUCAUGCACAUUUUCUUGAGCUCGGAAGGCGAAAAUGUCGCCGAGGCCUUGGAGAAGGAAUACACUACUUUGAACUAUGGAGUUAGGGCUAUGGCAAUCAACAUUCCUGGCUUUGCUUACCAUAAGGCACUAAAGGCGCGGAAAAACCUUGUGGCAAUUCUUCAAUCGAUAGUGGACAAACGGCGGGAGAGGAUGAGGACAACGAAGAAUGGUGGUAACGAGAAGAAGGACAUGAUGGAUAGAUUGCUAGAAGUGAGAGAUGACAAUGGGAGAGGGCUCGACGAUGAAGAGAUUAUUGAUGUUCUUAUAAUGUACUUGAAUGCUGGUCAUGAAUCCUCAGGCCAUAUCACCAUGUGGGCUACUGUCUUUCUGCAACAGCACCCUGAGGUCUUCAAAAAAGCCAAGGCCGAGCAAGAGGAAAUCGCGCGAAAUAUGCCUCAUGGACAAAAGGGUUUGACACUAAAAGAAAUCAGGCAGAUGGAAUAUCUUUCCAAGGUGAUCGACGAAACACUACGUGUUGUGACGUUCUCUCUCUUUGUCUUCCGGGAGGCUAUCAAGGACGUGAAUGUUUCGGGGUAUACAAUUCCAAAGGGAUGGAAAGUUUUGGUGUGGUUUAGGGGAGUGCACUUGGACAAGGAAAUAUAUGAUGAUCCAUUGGAGUUCAACCCUUCUAGAUGGGAUAACCUGAUACCAAAAGUAGGAUCAUUCUUACCAUUUGGGGCAGGCAGCAGACUCUGCCCUGGAAAUGAUCUUGCCAAGCUCGAAAUAUCCAUUUUUCUGCACUAUUUUCUUCUUGGCUACGAGCUGGAGAGGGAAAAUCCAGAUUGCACAUUGAUGUAUUUGCCACAUUGUAGGCCUAAAGACAAUUGUGUGGGAAAAAUAAGAAGAUCAAUCUCAUCAGCUUCUACAGCAUAAAAACCUACCAGAAAAUCUUUUAUUUAUAUAUAUAUAGACAGAUCACUUGUGUCUGGUCUAUUCAAAACUCUCUUAUUUUCUCAAUGGUUGCAAUGAAACUGAUAGCAAUAUUUAUAAUACUCACUUAUCUAUGUAUGCCAGCCUUAUUUGGCAAUAACUUUUACUAUAAUAAGGCAAUUAAGUGAUAUAUAUAUUUUGCAUUACAACAUUACUUUAGACACUACACUUUUUUUGUUUUAUGGUAAGAUUGAAUAGAUUCUCUCGGUGAUAGCACCUUUAUUAUAUGUAAAAUUUCUCAAGAUUAAGUGAAAAUAUGUACUCAAUGUUGGGUCCAAUUUUAUUUUGUAGGGAGUACUUAUAUUUUUAAAAUCAAUGCUAAGUUCUAUU